CACUCAAUUAAACUUUGAGAAUUCUAUAAGGUUUAUAAAAAUAUCAAAAUAUCUGUCAUUGAAAACUGAAGAAAAAUAUUAAUUUUGUGAGAAUGGAAAAUCAUAACCAUGACAACUAUGAAAAACUACCAACUUCAAGUUUUGCCAUCAACAUGUUUUCCGGUGCUGCUGCUGGCAUAAUCGAAUUCGGCCUGAUGUAUCCAUUGGAUUCAGUUCGAACAAGAAUGCAAAGUUUGUCACCAGAACAUUCGGGUGCCAACAUCUAUGGAACCUUUAAGAACAUGAUUAAGUCUGAAGGCCUUCUCAGACCUGUUCGUGGAGUAUCAGUUGUAAUUGCUGGAACAAUUCCAGCCCACGCGCUCUACUUUAGCUCCUAUGAAAUGUCUAAAGAAGCUUUAUCGAAGCUUUCCACACACAAUACAAUCAAUUACAUGACAGCAGCUGUAAUUGCAACAAUUUUACAUGAUGCCAUAUCAAAUCCAACUGAAGUUAUCAAACAACGAUUACAAAUGUAUAAUUCACCAUAUAAAUCAGUUAUUACGUGUAUGAAAGGAAUUUAUAAAGAUGAAGGAUUAAUGGCAUUUUAUCGAUCUUUUGCGACACAACUUUUUAUGAAUGUACCAUUUCAAGCGAUACAUUUUUUAACAUAUGAAUAUGUUCAAGUUUUAAUGAAUCCAGAUAGAUUGUAUAGUCCUUUGGUGCAUGUUGUUGCUGGGGGAACAGCUGGAGCUGUUGCUGCUGCUGUAACAACACCGCUAGAUGUUGUUAAGACUUUGUUGAAUACUCAAGAAAUUGGCUAUACCGGUGGAAUGAUGGAUGCUAUUAAACAGAUUUAUAAAAUUGCUGGUCCGAAUGGUUUUUGGAAGGGUUUGACAGCAAGAGUGUUGUAUACAAUGCCGGGAACAGCUAUCUGUUGGUCAGCUUAUGAAUUUUUUAAAUAUUAUUUAUGUCAAUAUGAUAAUUCAGAUACAAAAAGGGAAUAGAAUGAAGGAGUU